AUGGCAACUCGAGUGCAAAAUUUAUUAUUUUUGUUGGUGCUAAGCACUUGUGCAUGCUUUUCAUGGGCUCAUGUUGCCCUCACAUUUCCACCAGCUAGGAAAUAUGAUUUGGAUUUUUUGGAUAACUCUCGAACGCCAGCGCCUUGUGGAAUGCCUAAAGGUAAGAAAUCAUUCUUUUUAUUAGCUAUCAAUAAAAUUUAUGAGCUCCAAUAUUUGAUUGCUGGUGCCCCAAGUAACGAAGAAGAAUAA